AUGACUCAACGUCCCGUGUCUGAGCAAUUUAAUCUUCAACAAAAGCCGGGAUCUAAUCCACAAUACCGCCAGUCGGCAGACUUAUCUCACCUAAGUCAACAACCGACAAAUAAUAGAAGCUCCCGUCCAACCUCCGAAAUAUUCUCCGCAAAUAACCAUAAUACAUAUCAAUCACCUGAAGCUGAAGCCAUUGAUAAAUGGUUUGAAGAUCUUCAACACUAUGAACAAACUCUUGAAGAAAUGGCUACCGCUAGUUUGGAUCAAAAUUUUAAAGAAGAACUUGGUGCCAUCGAACAAUGGUUUCGAGUGUUAUCUGAAGCAGAACGAACUGCCGCUCUAUAUAGCUUACUACAUCAUUCAACUCAAGUACAAAUAAGGUUCUUCAUAACUGUUUUACAACAAAUGGCAAGAAAUGAUCCGAUGGGUGCUCUCUUGUCACCUGCGAAUCCCGAGAAAG